GAGCCUUCCAUCUGCACCUAUGUGAAGCUGGAGCAGGAUGGCCAUCGGUAUCCUUGCCGGCCACACUUCUUCCUCCAGGUCACGGAGGACUUUUACGAGACGACCAGAUGCUAUGAGGAUGCCAGCGGCGUGAUCAAGCUCCCACAGCCAGAGGGCGACUUCGUCAAGUGGGACGACUUGGCGAAGACCUGA